CCCAUGCAUCGAUCCAAACGCCGCUAUAGUGUGACACUCCCCACAUGGAAUAUGAUGUCGUACGACAGCAAGAAAAUCAAUCAAGUCGCUCUUCUUUCCACCAUCUGAAGUACCACUCUUCAUCUUACUAUUAAUAUUCUCAAAAUGGUCGAAAAAGGACAAUGCCUAUGUGGUAAAAUCAAAGUGACAGUAAAAGAUGGCAGUUUACCAUUGCAAACGAUGGUUUGUCAUUGUUACUCUUGCAGAACCACAGCAGGUUCAGCCUACAGUAUGGUCUCAAUGAUCAAUUUGGAUGAUUUGGAAAUCAGUGGAACACCUUCAUGCUAUGGUGAUAGCGCAACAGGCAGUGGUGCAACCAUUCAAAGACACUUUUGCGGUAAUUGUGGUAGCCCGAUUCAUUCGCAAUCUCCAAACGUGCCCGGUAAGACUUUCUUGAAAUUAGGUGUGUUUGCCGGCAAGAAAAAACUUGGUGCACCAGUAGCGGAAGUUUAUUGGAAAAACCACGAAGAUUGGGAAAAGCAACUCUGUGAGAAUGUCAAGCAAGAAAUGUGAGAGCAUC